AUGGCACGGCUCCUGAAAACAAACGCUAAGGCCCAAUUUAUAGAUGUCACCCAGGCGAAGUCCUCGGUGGCUACAAGGUAUCUUGAACAGGCUGAUUGGAAUGUGGAAGAAGCAUUAAGGGAAUACUAUAAUGAAAACCCUCCAUAUGACCCAAAGUUGGAAAAUUUGUUCGAUAAGUAUAUGGAUCCAGAGAAUCAUGAUCUUAUUCUGAUCGACGGUACGUUGGCGUACCUCAAUGAUUUGGGGAUCGACCCGGAAGAGGUCUUGAGUUUAAUCGUGGCAUAUGUUCUAAAAAGCCCACAAACAGGCGAGUUUAGAAGAAAUUCCUUCGUUCAAAUUUGGCUGUCACUAUCGAUAAAUACAAUCGAUGGGAUGCGUCUGUUCUUGUUAGAGAAAGAGAACACCAUGGAGACAUCGGUGGACGAGUUUGAGCCCUUCUACCAGUUUGUGUUUGAGUUUGUGAGGGGCUCUGACUCUCGCAUUAAAGUCAUUUCCUCUGAGGAAGCAAUUAUCUACUGGCAGAUGCUUUUGGACAAGAGGUUCCCGAAAUCAACCGAAAGACUACAGCAAUGGUACGAGUUUGUGCAAGAAACAAAGAAGAGUAUUACUCGCGAUUCCUGGAACAUGUUCUUCAAAUUCCUUGUACAAGUCAUUGAGAAAGACCCUAGUUCCCUAUCAGGAUACGACGAGGCUAGCGCAUGGCCUUCUCUUGUCGAUGAAUACAUUGAGUGGUUAGAGGAGAGCGGGAAGCUACAAAAAGGAGACGACAUGUCUCUUAUAUUUUAA